GAGAGAGGAGGGAGAGAGAGAGGAGGGAGAGGGAGGGAGGAGGGAGGCGGCAGGGACACUGUAACCUGCAGGAGGACUCACAUGGUCCUGCAGCAGCGGAGCACAGACCACCGGGACCUCCCCAAACCUCCUUUACACACAGCUCACCUCCAUUCUUUAUCUUCUUCUUCUUCUUUAAAGAAAAAAAAAUACUCCGGUUUUUUUUUCGUUUUUUUUCCCGCCUCGCAUCCUUCCCUCCCGCAGCCCAGUGUCGGUCGGACUCGGGCCGGUUUUAAAGCAGCGAACAUGGCUCGGGAGAACGGAGACACCGGCAGAGGAGAGACGUGGAAGAAACAAGUCGACGACAUCAAGAAGAUUUUUGAUUUCAAAGAAGUGCUCGGCACGGGAGCGUUUUCCGAGGUGGUCCUGGCCCAGGAGAGGCUGACCGGCCGGAUGUUUGCGGUGAAGUGCAUCCCUAAAAAGGCUCUGAAGGGGAAGGAGAGCAGCAUCGAGAACGAGAUCGCCGUGCUGAGGAAGAUCAAGCAUGAGAACAUUGUGGCGCUGGAGGACAUCUACGAGAGUCCCGAUCACCUCUACUUGAUCAUGCAGCUGGUGUCUGGCGGCGAGCUGUUCGACCGAAUCGUGGAAAAAGGUUUCUACACGGAAAAAGAUGCGAGCACGCUGAUCAGACAAGUCCUUGAUGCUGUGAACUACCUGCACAAGAUGGGCAUCGUGCACCGAGACCUGAAGCCAGAGAACUUGCUGUAUUUUAAUCCCCAAGACGGGUCAAAGAUCAUGAUCAGUGACUUUGGUCUUUCCAAGAUGGAGGGCAGCGGUGAUGUCAUGUCUACGGCCUGCGGCACGCCGGGAUAUGUGGCUCCGGAGGUUCUUGCCCAGAAGCCGUACAGUAAGGCGGUGGACUGCUGGUCCAUCGGAGUGAUCGCUUACAUCCUACUGUGUGGCUAUCCUCCAUUCUACGAUGAAAACGACUCCAAGCUCUUUGAACAGAUCCUGAAAGCCGACUACGAGUUUGAUGCGCCGUACUGGGACGACAUAUCUGACUCAGCCAAGGAUUUCAUCAGCAGCCUGAUGGAAAAAGAUCCAGCCAAGCGUUUCACCUGUGACCAGGCACUCAGACACCCUUGGAUCGCCGGGGAUACGGCGCUCUGCAAGAACAUCCAUGAGUCAGUCAGCCGACAGAUCAAGAAGAACUUCGCCAAGAGCAAAUGGAGGCAAGCGUUCAAUGCCACCGCCGUGGUUCGGCACAUGAGGCGGCUGCAGCUUGGCAGCAGCAGCAUGGGGAGCAGCAUGGACGCCUCCAAUCCGCUGACCAGGCCGACUCAGACGCAGAAGCAGGCCCAGACGGGCCAGAAUCAGCCAGCUCAGAGCCAAAACGCGGGCCAGGCGGCGCAGAGCCAGAGCACCAACACGGCCGCCAGCAAAACUUCUUCCAUAGACAACAACAUAGCAGCUCCUCGCAAGGAAUGUGUAACCGUCACACCCUGCAGUCUGGCGUCUGCAGCUUCUUCUCCCGCCGCAGGCGCCGAGCUGAACCGGCCACAUCCCUCAGCCGUUCCAGCCCCGGUGCUCACAGAGACCAAGUGACGCCAGGUCCCGCGGGGAACCAGCUGGGAGGCCACGGCGCUGUGAGGCAGAGAGAAGGAAAUAGACGGGAGGACGACAGGAGAGGAAGAGGAUCCCCCUCUUCUUCUUCUUCCCUCCCUCUCCUCACUGCAUUUCCACUUGGAUGCGACCGCCCAGCCAGUUCCCCGCCCUGCUCCAGGGAGAGCAGAGGACUUUACCUCCACCCCACCGAUUCAAGACACACAGCGCCAUACUGUACGCACACCAACCACCCACCAGGACACCGUGUAGGAUUCUUCCUGCCACAGCGACAGCUCGGCCACUGACUCUCACUGAGGAUGUUUGAAUGGCCGGCUUUGAUUGGUUGCUGUUGGAUGAUAAAUGGGUGUCAACUGCUGCCAGCUUGAGCAGUAAUUGGUGGUUCAUGGUGGGGCCGGUGGUAUCGUAUUAUUCAAUGUCAGUCAACAUCAACUUCCCUCUUGAAUCUGGUCUUUCCUGCGCCACUUUAUUUAGCUUUUUUUCCAGAUUACUGUCGGUUUGACUGUUGGCAACUGGAUUGUUUUAUUGUUUAUUAUUACUGUUGAUUAUAAAGGUGGUAUGUGUAAUGUUUAAAAGGCGAACAUCAUUGACAAAUUAAUAGUGCUACUUUGGUAUAAUUAAAUGUAAAUAAAUGAGACCGUGACCAAGACAACCGGUCGCCUCUACCUCACGCUUAUUAACAGCUUAACUGUGCAAGCUCUUUGUUUUGCAUUAAGACUCCAUUUCCCAUAAUCCCCUUGUUUCUAGCAUCACCAAAGUCCCUGUACGCCUCCUGUUACGUGCCAUAAAGCAAUCCAUCAGAUUUCCCUCCAAAUCUGACCUAGAGUCUGCGUGAAUGCAGAGCAGAGGCGAGAGGUCUGAGGAGAGGCGACCCACUUUGUUUACACUCAUUUUACUAAUGUAGCAAAGUAACGUGGCAAUGAUUUAUUCAUGUGAAAACACUACAUAUAGCACCUUUAAGACAUUUUAUACGUCCUUAUGGGCUUGUUUGUUUGUUUGUGCUUUAAGAAGUGCUUUAAAAGUACCAUACGACUGUUGAGACAUGAAAAUAUGAGUAAGCGCUUUAUGUAUUUUGCACAGAAAGGGUCAGACGCAGAUUAACCGCCAUCCACUUAUGUUUAUCAGAGAGUAGAGAUUGUAAACUUUAUUAAAAAAAAAAACAAUAGUAACCCAGAGUGGAUGUCAGAACAUUCUACAACUUGUUUAUUGCCUGAAAAAUUUUGAUUUGUUUAUUAUUUUCUUACUUUAUAAGAUUUUUAUAACAAUCACCCUUAAAGGGACACACAUACAGGUUAUUAUGAAACAUGCAGCGGGUUUAGGAUAGGAUAGAUAGAUAAGAGGUAUUUACAGGAAAACUGCCUCCAGUUGAGAAUGUUAGUGACUAUAUGAUAGCUUGCCCUUUGAUUUCCCAAACUAAGCAGCCACAUGCAGCGCAAUGCCAUUUCAAGGGUACAAACUGCCUCCCAUAUGGGCCCUAAGAGUAUCUAGCCCGUGUGGAGACAAAAUCCAAGAUGGAGAAGCUGCUUUCUGCCGCUGUUUUUCUUCUCCCCCCCUAUAAAGAAGCCAUGAUCUCACCUUUUUGCAUCGUCAAGCUACGCCUGGUUCAGAAGUGCUCAGGGAAAACUGCAGCUGCACUGUGAGCUGGCGAAUAACGAUUUCCUGAUUUAGGUUGUUCUGUCUGUUUUUGGUUCAGGCUUUGUGGCACCACAGUUAUUGAUCCAGGGCAUAAGACAUCAGCUGUGUCCCGAUUGCAGUGUUGUGCAGACUCAUGACUUGAAUAUUGACUCAGACUUUUCUACCGAGGACUCCGAGGUGUUUUGGACUUGACUAUCUUCCAAAGCAUGCACUUCUUAUUCUGUUUGUUGAAUCCCCCAAGCCUUCAAAACGGUUCACCAAAACAACAUGGAGGACUGGUGAGUCCAUGGUUCAUCCAAUGACAGUUUUGUGCCCAAAAUCCAAAAGCCUGGUUUGCGUAGCUCAGUUCUCACAAUUAGUGAGACAGUUCAAAAACUGGCAAAUGUCAAGUAUUUCAUUAUGAUCAACAAAGCCAAAAUGUGUUGUUUACAACAAGACUCCCAUUGUCCACAACUCUUAACUCCAUCAUCCAAUUGCCAGUGGAACCAAGGCCGCACUAGACCGUUACUGAUUGCCGUGACAGACUCAGAAACACAGUUCAGCUCGUUGGAAAUGUAUCUGCAUUUGACAUGACGGCCUGACUUUGAUUGACUUGACUCAAAUGUCACCUUCUCAUGACUCUGACAUCACUACAGCAGCUGAGUUUGUGUCACUGGUUGGAAUGGCCUUGUAGACUCAGAGCAGAGAGAACGGUACAGUGUUGGGUGCACGCUCACACAUAUCAGAUUGUCAUCAGAUGCAAUUCUAUUGAUCCCUUUAUUGUGAAUUGUAGCCAAAGACCAGUGCAAGGUACGAAGACAAUUUGGUUCAUUCUACUUGAUGAAUUGGUUAGAACAGAGCUAGUUAGAUACGAGGCUGUUUGAGACACUAAAUCUAAAGGGCUGAACUCUAGCUGCAAAUGAAUCUGGAGAGAGAUUUAUUGACCUUCGACCCCUUCUUAAUCUGUUGCCAUUCACCUUUUUUUAUUAUCUACACAGAGUGGUGCUGAAAAGUAUGUGCAUAAUUAUUCAUAGUACUUGUUUUAAUCUGUUUGGCAUGUCAGAGGAGUGUGAGACCACAGCUGGAUGAGAGUCAAAGAAGGGUAGAAUGACAGUAAAUCAACUCUCACCCAAGCUUUCUGGAAUUCACUUCUGGCUUGGUGCAUCGUGUGUAUUAAGCUGCACAUAUUUGGCACUGAAGUUGACUUUCAUGAAUGCUAACGAGUUUAAAUAUCUGCAUUCAUGUUCUCUGUUCUCUUUAACAGCAGCUUCAACAGCUCUGCAAGGGCAAUUUCGACGCGUUUUGGUGUUCUGCUCUUUCUAGUCCCCCCUCUCGAUACUUUACAGCCUCUCUACCCUGUCUUUAGCUCCAACUCAAGACGUAAAUCUUUAGUGAGUUUUUUGAAAGUCUCAGUAAUUUCCUAAAACAGCUGGGCGCUGUAAUAACUUGUCUAACUUGAGUAAAAAGUGCGAUUUUUGGGGGGGACUAUUUUUAGCGGUGGAUGAAUACAUAUUUGUUACACUAGCGAGUGUUUGCAGCAGCACAGCGGUGUAUGUGAUGAUUUGAAAUGAACUACAGUGCCCAUGUUCAUGGUGAUGAAGUAACAUAUCACCCAGUGCAACAUUGACUCACUGAUGUGUUUUUAAUCAUUUUUGGACAACAGUGGAGGCUCAGAGGACUAAGAUAUAUCAGGCUGAAUUUCCUGGUUCAGACCUGACUGAGACAGAGACUAACAGGAAGACUCUCAGCUGCUGGUUGAAAGUUUCCGCCUUGUUAUCAAGCAGAAAUACAGAACUCUCUCACUGCCCUCGGAUGCGCACAUCAAUAUGUAAAUCUGCAUCUUGGUAUCAGCGUUCUGGUUGUAAGCUCUCAUUCACCGUGAUUACACUGACUGCAGUCGGUGGCUCACAUCGUAAUUUAUGCCAUCGAGGGAGUGAGAACUGAUUUAUAAUUUAUACAUACAUCCAGGGAACAGAUUUGUUUUCUGUAAACCUCCAAUCACGCAGGAAUCGUCCUUUAACAGAACGCCUCAUUCCACUCAAGUCAUUCAUACAUGCACACACCAGAUCUACUGCACAGUUUGUUAAGCAUCAGUCGUGAAACUUGCGUUACAUGUGUCAACACCGCUGACACGCUUGUUGAUUUGACUGAAAACGUUGCAGUUACUUUAUGCAUGUUGACCUAGCAGCUAACGAGUCGUAGUAGAGUUUUAGUUCGGUAGAUUUAGGUGUGUAAGAAAAGAUAGAUUUUGUUAUUUUAAAUGUGCAGUCUUAGAGAAUGCUAACUUUUUAGUGUUUCUUACUGAACUACAACACCCAUGUGUAUCCUACUGCAUGACUACACAGUUCACCUUUCAGAAAUAUAUAUAUUAUUGUUGACUUUUUUUACAGCAGGGUUGUGUUCCAUUCUUUUCUCUACUAACCAAACCGUAAAGUCAGUCCAUGUAAUUAUCCAUGUGUUACUGAGGGGGACUUUGAACCAUGUAAGGGCUUUAUUCCAAUGAUCACCUUAAUCUAAUUAUUCACUGUAACCAUGUAUACAUACCCAUUGAUUGCUAUGCAUUUUUUAAACAUUUUUAAGCGUGUCGUCAAUUCUCGAUUUUCUCGAUGUGGGGUCAGGAAAUGAAGGAAAUGAACAACAUCAGCACCUGUAGUUAAAGAAAUUUUUGGGGUGCAAGUGCAAGACACUGAAUCUCAGCCAGAUAUUAGAUCAUUUCAAUCACUUAACUGUUAAUUAUUAAUACUAAUGAAUGAGCUACAUUGUAAGAGUCGUGCACCGGGUUUUUCUCUGGCACAAAAUGAACCAUCAGCCGACACUGUAAGAAGUGAUUCAAUGUGACGUGGUCCUCGUCAGUCCGGACGUUUGGGUUUACGAAUGUAUUGCGAGGCAGGCCGUGGGUUCAGGUUCAUGCUGCUCUGUGGUUUUAUGUGCUGUUUUCUGAAUGAACCUUUCCAUGUUAAAGAUGCUACUGUAAAUAGAUUGUGAAUAUGAAUGAUCAUUUUCAAGAUAAUAUUUACAAAUGUUUUGCUGUCGAGGCAUGUGAGAGUGUGUGAGUGAGCGAGUGUGUCGAGGGAAGUUGAUUGUACUCUAUGGAAUGUUUAAUGUAAAAAAAAAAAAAGAAGCUAACAUCCCCUUUACUCCCUUCUGCUUUCAUAAACUGUUUCAUGCCAUCAGUGUCCAACCACCUCUUCAGUGUCAGUCCAACUAAAAGUGAAAGCAUCGUUUACUGAACUCAGGCUUACGUUUUUUUGCCAUUCUAAAGGAAGAAAUCCAAAGCUGUGACCGACUCAGAAACACACUGUUAAAGGACGGAGGGCGGCUUACGACCCGCUCUGGUCCACUCUUUCCCCCUCUUUGAGCUCUCACUCCUCGGACCUUUUUUUCUUCUUCUCCUUCUUCUUUUUUAAACAAAGACGGCGCUGAAGUGCAUCGUCACAAAAGAUGAAAAGCAUGUCUAAAAAAAAAAAGUGCUUCAAGAGUUCGACUUCACCAUGAGUGUUUGCGUAAUCUUAUAUGCCCUUGUAUGAUGUUAGUAUCUCUGUAUUAUGUAAAGACAUACACAGGUUGAGAUGCCCGUUUCCUCGGAGGCAGAUCAGAGUUUCAGCUCUACAAACUGUUUGGAGAGGCAGAAAUAAUCUCAUCAUCAGCUAACUGCUAUUUAUUAAGUGAACUGGAUGCCAUGCCCCAUUCAUUCCAUUUAAAGUAUUUGCUGACUUCCUCUGCUUAUAGAAAUGAUAUGGCCAUAAAUGGUUAUGUCAGACAGAUUUUGUGGCACAAUAUGUGACAACACAAACUUCAUUUAUGGGUGAUUGUGGUACGAACUUUAUUCAUUCAUUUAUUGUUUUUGGCAAGAGUGGUUUUCUUUUGGCCAUGAUCAUGUUUCAGUAUGAAUUGUUGCCAAAUGCUUUAGGAUCCACAAUGUUAGCAUGUAUCUUAUGGGAAGUAAGUUUCUAGCUUUCCGUUAGCAUCAGUAAACUGUCCUUAUCCUCAUCUGAUGAGAGCAGCUCUGCCUCGAGAGUUGUUUGUAGGGCUAAAACUUUGGCUAAGGCUGUUUUUUGGGGACCCGGUGUCUCCCUGUGGGUGUCCGUGUCCAGAGCCCGCUAAAUUUAGCCGGCUGUAUUGUAUUUACUCUCUGCAUGUGACCACAACAAACUCCCAUUCUGUGCACCGUCGUCACGCAGACGACGACUCACUCAUGUCUCAGAGCGGGCACUACCUGCCGCACUUAUUGUGCUGUGAUGAUGAUGAUGAUGAUGACGAUGAUGAUGAUCACUCUCCGUUAAUGGGGCUUGUAUAUCAGAUGCCUUCGACAAUCAUGUGCACAUAUCAGAGUUACCAUGACGACACAGGCCAGAGCGACUGAUUGUGUUUUGUUUGUCUUUCUCCUGGAAUAAAUCCUGAAUGAUCGUAAC